AUGGACAAAGUGGAGCGAGUGAUGAAACUGGUGAAGAGGAUGUCUCCGAGGAAGAGGAGGAGAGUGGGAGGACAAGGAGAAGCGGAGAGCCCGGACACACUGUGCGACGAGCUGUGCCGUUUCAGUCUCUGCAUCAGCGAUGAUGGACCGUAUGGAAAAACCAAGGACAUCACAGAGCACACGCUGUCCCCCAGAAGACACAGCAUACCAGAAGCUUUGCGGGGGGUGACUCUGGUGGAGCUGGUGAAGAAGGAGGGCAGCACUCUGGGACUCACCAUCUCCGGGGGCACGGACAAGGACGGCAAACCCCGAGUGUCCAACCUCCGACCGGGCGGGCUGGCAGCCAGAAGUGAUCAGCUAAACAUCGGCGAUUACAUAAAGUCUGUGAACGGGAUAAACUUGACAAAACUCCGGCACGAGGAGAUCAUCAGUUUGUUAAAGAACGUGGGAGAGAGAGUGCUGCUGGAGGUGGAGUAUGAACUGCCCCCUACAGCGCCGGACAGCAGCUCAGGGCUCAUCUCAAAGACAAUCGACAUCUGUUUGCACAAAGAAGGCAGCAGCUUCGGCUUCGUCCUCCGAGGUGGAACUCAUGAAGACUGGCACAAAACUCGCCCCCUGGUGGUCACUUAUGUCAGACCAGGAGGGCCAGCAGACAGGGAGGGCACUCUGCGACCCGGAGACCGUCUCCUCAGUGUGGACGGUGUCCCUCUUCACUCGUGCUCUCACGGUGAGGCCCUCAGCGUUCUGGCUCAGUGUGGACAGGAGGCGCUGUUCCAGGUGGAGUACGACAUCACCAUCAUGGACACAAUGUCGAACGCGUCCGGUCCGUUGCUGGUGGAGAUCGCCAAGUCGCCGGGGGCAACGCUGGGCAUCACGCUAACGUCAGCCGCGCACAGAAACAAACAGGUCAUCAUCAUCGACAGGGUCAAAGCAGGAAGUGUGGUGGACAGGUGCGGGGCCCUUCACCCGGGGGACCACCUCCUCUCCAUCGACGGCACGUCCACAGAACACUGCUCUGUCCUGGAGGCCACACAGCUCCUGUCCAGCACCACAGAGCUCGUCAAACUGGAGAUCCUGCCCUCACAGCACUCCAGACUCUCCAACAAGCACCACGACACAGUGAAGGUGCAUAAGUCGGACCACCCUCACUCGUGGGACCCCUGUGUGAACUUCUGUCACCCCCAGAACCCCAGCUCCAUGCACAACCCCAGCUCCACCCUCACCAAGACCUGGACGCCCUCCAACAACAACACCAUCCACGCCAUCGACUACUGCAAAUCCCUGGUCUCUGCAAACUUCUCGUCCGGCUCCACCACCACCUCCUCCUCUGGACCGGGCAGUCAGAGCUCCAGCACCCUGCCCCGGACUACAGUUCCCAUGAGCCCUCGCAACUCCCUGCUCAAGAGGAGGCAGAGGAAGAAGGAGCACAAGAGUUCAUUGUCCCUGUCGUCCAGUUCGGUGGGCCCGGGGGGACAGGUGGUGCACGUGGAGACCAGUGAGGUGGUCCUGACCGGAGACCCUCUCAACGGGUUUGGGGUUCAACUCCAGGGAGGGAUCUUCGCCACCGAGACCCUGUCUGCCCCUCCGCUCAUCAGGUUUAUAGAGCCGGACAGCUCCGCAGAACGGUGUGGUCUUCUCCAGGUGGGGGACAGGCUCUUGUCCAUAAACGGCAUCCCCACGGAGGACGGGACGCUGGAGGAGGCCAACCAGCUGCUCCGAGACGCUGCUCUCACCAACAAAGUCACACUGGAGAUAGAGUUCGAUGUAGCGGAGUCUGUGGUCCCGAGCAGUGGAACUUUUCACGUGAAGCUGCCCAAGAAACGAGGCGUGGAGCUCGGCAUCACCAUUAGCGCCAGCAAGAAACAAGGAGAGCCCCUCAUCAUCUCAGACAUCAAGAAAGGCAGCAUGGCACACAGAACAGGGACCCUGGAGCCCGGGGACAAACUCUUGGCCAUAGACAACAUUCGUCUGGAGAACUGCUCCAGGGAGGACGCCGAGCAGAUCCUGCAGCAGUGUGAGGAGCUGGUCAAACUCAAGAUACGCAAGGACGAGGACAACUCCGAUGAGCAGGAGACCUCGGGCAGCAUCAUCUACACGGUGGAGCUGAAGAGGUACGGAGGUCCUCUGGGCAUCACCAUCUCAGGCACAGAGGAGCCCUUUGACCCCAUCACCAUAUCUGGACUCACCAGGAGAGGACUGGCUGAGAGGACGGGGGCGAUCCACGUGGGAGACCGGAUCUUGGCCAUAAACAGUGUGAGUCUGAAGGGAAAACCUCUGAGUGAAGCCAUCCACCUGCUGCAGAUGGCGGGAGAGACGGUCACGCUCAAGAUCAAGAAGCAGCUACACAAUCUGGAGGAGAGGAAGGACAGCCGCUCGGAGAUGGGGGACACCACAGAGAACGAGCUGAGUGACCCUGAAGACGACCUGACUGACAGCCUGAACACAAACAAACUCUCCCCCCUCUACUCCACCGCUGUGCCCAGUGUGGACUCCACCACCGUGCCCAGUGUGGACUCUGCCAUGGACUCGUGGGACGGGUCAGGUCUGGACCAGGUCUUCAGCAGCCAAGGUCCAUACAAUCAGCAGGGGGCAGGGAUCGCCCUCCACCCUCACGAAUGGCGCAGCGCUAAACAGAGCCGCGGUAACACGCCCCCUCCUGGACGAAGGAAGAACUACCCUUUCGGUGACGGAGGCUUCAGUGAAGACGACUGGGACAAAGCUCCAGGCUUCCUGAACCCCCCUGAUGGGCUGAUGGUGGACCCUGAGGACAGCUUCUGGUGUCAGGCUCUGGAGGACCUAGAGACGUGUGGACAGUCUGAGCUGCUGCGAGAGAUCGAGGCGUCCAUAAUGACCGGCUCAGCCAUCAGUUUAGGAGUGGAGGGGAACAAGGCUCCUCCUGAGCCUGUGCUCAGCCACAGCAGGAUGAGUCCUCUGAGGAGGAACUCUCUGCUCCACCAGGGGGCGCUGCUGCACCUGCAUGACCAGACCCACCUACACGACCAGGCCCACCUGCUCCAGGAAGACCAGCUGCACCAAGAUGGCUUGCUCUCGGACCCUCUGUACCUGCAGGACGGGCUGCUCCACCAGGGGGCGCACCUGCGUCAGGAGGCCCAGUCUCCACUGCACUUCCAAGACCCUAAAGCCAAGGCGUCGCUCCGAGUGUCCGAGCGCACCUGGGAGUCCCGCCGGAUCAAAGAGGAAAUGCAGGGGAUCAUCUCCCCCACUCCACUCGAACUGCACAAAGUGACAGUGAUAAAGGACCCGGAGAGCGAUGACUUCGGCUUCAGCGUGUCUGAUGGUUUUUUGGAGAAGGGAGUUUACGUGAACAUGAUCCGAGAGGACGGCCCGGCGGACAGAUCGGGACUCAGACCGUACGACCGCAUUCUACAGGUGAACCACGUGCGAACUCGAGACUUUGACUGCUGCCUGGCCGUCCCUCUCAUCACCGAGGCCGGGGACAGACUGGAGCUGGUCAUCAGCAGAAACCCCAUGAGCUGUGAGGACCACGAGGACAAUAACAACACCCUACAGCGCCCCCUAGACCUGUAA